CGGCCCGCCCUGACGCGGCCAUGGCCAGUGACAGCGGCGGGCCCGGCGUGCUGAGCGCCAGCGAGCGCGACCGGCAGUACUGCGAGCUGUGCGGGAAGAUGGAGAACCUGCUGCGCUGUGGCCGCUGCCGCAACUCCUUCUACUGCUGUAAGGAACACCAGCGCCAGGACUGGAAGAAGCACAAGCUCGUGUGCCAGGGCGGCGAGGCCCCCAGCGCGCAGCCCGCGCCGGCGCAGCCCCGCGUCGCGCCCCCGCCCGGUGGGGCCCCCGGAGCCGCGCGCGCCGGCGGGGCGGCCCGGCGUGGGGACCGCGCGGCGGCCUCGCGCGCACCGGGCCCCGAGGACUCGGCACAGGCCCGAAGUGGCCCCGGCCCGGCAGAGCCCAACUCCGAGGAUCCUCCGGCUAGCAGGUCUCCGGGCCCGGAGCGUGCCAGUCUGUGCCCAGCAGGCGGCAGCCCCGGGGAGGCGCUGAGUCCCAGCGGUGGGCUACGGCCCAACGGGCAGACCAAACCCCUGCCCGCGCUGAAGCUGGCGCUGGAGUACAUCGUGCCGUGCAUGAACAAGCACGGCAUCUGUGUGGUGGACGACUUCCUGGGCAGGGAGACCGGGCAGCAGAUCGGCGACGAGGUGCGCGCCCUACACGACACCGGCAAGUUCACGGACGGGCAGCUGGUCAGCCAGAAGAGUGACUCUUCCAAGGACAUCCGGGGGGACCAGAUAACCUGGAUCGAGGGCAAGGAGCCCGGCUGCGAGACCAUCGGCCUGCUCAUGAGCAGCAUGGACGACCUGAUCCGCCACUGCAGCGGGAAGCUGGGCAACUACAGGAUAAACGGCCGAACGAAAGCCAUGGUUGCUUGCUACCCAGGCAACGGAACCGGCUACGUCCGUCACGUUGAUAACCCAAAUGGAGAUGGAAGAUGUGUGACAUGUAUAUAUUAUCUAAAUAAAGACUGGGACGCCAAGGUAAGUGGAGGUAUACUUCGAAUUUUCCCAGAAGGCAAAGCCCAGUUUGCUGACAUUGAACCCAAAUUUGAUAGACUGCUGUUUUUCUGGUCUGACCGACGCAACCCUCACGAAGUACAACCAGCAUAUGCUACAAGGUACGCAAUAACUGUUUGGUAUUUUGAUGCAGAUGAGCGAGCAAGAGCUAAAGUAAAAUAUCUAACAGGUGAAAAGGGGGUGAGGGUUGAACUCAAUAAGCCUAAUUCAGUCAGCAAAGAUGUCUAGCACGGCCUUAGGUCUGGCAGUACCCACUCACCUACCGCCGCCUGGUUGCCUUCUGUGGACUCGUGGAUGGGAUGAACAGAGACUCCUGGCUGGCAUUCCAUCUGCGAGCCAGGCAACUCGGCCAGGUGUCGUCCAACAGAGGGCUGCAUCUGCUAUGACUGUGCUGUGGGGUCAGCUCCAGGUCUGUGACCGCACUCGGCUGCUUACUGAAGAGGAGAUGCUGUCUGAGGAGAGUGGCUUUCCCAUCUGGACACACAACAAGGGCCUAUGUAGGAUUUUCUUCAUUCUUCUAUUUUGCCAGAUCUGUCAUCUAACUGAGUUCAUUUCAUCUCUCUUUUUUAUAUCAAGUUUGAAUUCGGGGAAUUUUUGUAUUAGGUACAAUUUAUCAAAACUGAAUUAAGAAAAAAAUUUACAGUAUUAUUCCUGAAAAUAACAUCAAUCUAUUUUUGUAAGCCUCCUCAUGCUAUUAAAGUUGGCCCUAAAGACCUCCUA